GAAGGAUGGUGCUCCCAUUGUUUUUGUGUUGAAAUCUAUGGUAUAUACCUGAACUUAAACCUUAUAUAACCGCAUAGAAGUUGCCGUUUUAAAAUAAGCGCUGUAGAAGGGAACGUCGAGCAGCGACAGCUUCACUGCAGUGCAGUUUCACUGGCCAACCAGUAGCCAGCUAGCUAAGUUCUGUAGCUACACUUCAGGAAAUAUGGAUGAGGUGAUGAUACAAGUUCACGGUAGUACAUCGCACCCCCUUUCCAUGGGCCCGUAACCAUGUCCACAGAUGACAGUAUAUCUGAGGACGUGUCCACCUCCGGUGCUCUGAGCCACUGCCAUGCCAGUGCGGAUGGGGAUGGAGGCAAGGAGAGCGAGAUCUCCUGCGUGUCGUCCGAGGGGACGUCGGCCUCCUGCCUUGCUGGACUGGAGGACGGACACACCCGUCAUCCCAAAUCAUCAGAAAGAGGCGAAGUGGGGAGUCGGCCCAUGAACAUCUCACCAGCAUGCGACAAGAUAAGGAGUCUGUGUCUGAGCACAGAGGAGGCGUUCGACCAGGGGAAGAGCCUGCCCUUCAUCAACCCCAGCUCCCUGGAGACCCUCCGAGCUCUGGUGCAGGAGAUCCAGAACAGCGGAGAGACGGACCCAGAGAUGUGGAAGGACUGUGAGGGGCGAUGGCUGCAUCUGUUCCAGCUGGUCGAGAAGCAAUACCAAGAGCAAAUACUUGCUCAGCAAGGACAAUACCAGUGCCAAAUACAGUUGAUUCAGGACGAGAUCAAAGCUCUGGUUCAACUCCAGAACCGCCAGCCCCACUCAGAGUUCUCCCCCACUUCUGCCACCAACACCACCAUCACCCACGCCGUCGCCACCCCCACCCCCACCAAGGACCUCAAGCUGACCCUCGCCUCCGACCCCCUGCCCGCCCCCUCGGCACACCCACCCCACGGCAGGACCGUCUCCCAGGGCCCGGGCCCGGCCCCCCUCCCCCAGAGAUCGGGGGGGGGCACGGAGGCUGUCACCCCGGCGGCGUCCUUCCAGGAGCGGCCCGUCACCGUGCUGAGCAGCGGAUACGGGACCCUGAGUGCCUGGGAGACGGGGCCCCACCAGACCAGCAGGGGCCCGGGGGGGGGGCAGGAGGAGGAGCUGGAGGAGGAGGAGGUGGAGCAGGAGGAGGUGGAGGAGUUGGAGGAUGGCUGCAGGGGGAACCAGCAGCGGGGAGAGAUGGAGAAAGAGGAGCACCGCUGGUCCUCCUCCCUCCAGGGAGACGGCGCAGAGCGGAGCGCGCCGGUGUGCCACCGGGGUUCGUCCAAUCACGGACGGACGUAUUCCCAAGCUAAAGAACCUGGUCCGUCGUCAUGCCAACAGCCGCAGCACGGCGGCACCAACCAGCACUUGACCUCCUGGGCAAAGCAGCAGAAACUGAGGCCCAGGAAGGACAAGACAGGAACGGCCUCCUCCCAGGGCCAGGAGUCCCAGGAGCCCCCAGAGAGCCCCAGAGAAAGCCCCAGAGACGGCCUGUCAGAGCACAUCCCCCUCCAGGACCAGUACCAGCCGGGGGGAGCCUCCACCUCCGUCUUCCCCUUGAGGAGGAGCAACAGCCUGAUGUCCGAGUCCUCAGGGCUGACCUACUGGCGUCUCAAUGAGUGUGACCUGUACCACCCGCUCCCAGACAGCCUGGACAGCGGGGCGUUCCUCUUCCUGCAGGAGGACACCAGUGCUACCCCCCCACCAGAGACCCAGUUGUCCCUGAAGGAGAUCUAUCGGAGCAAGCAGAAAGCUGCAUUAAAAUGUACAGACUGGGAUGGUUCACAGUCUUCUGGUCCUUUGUCACCCCAGGCGGGCGGGGCCUCGGACCCAGCCGCCCUCACGCGACAGUCGGACCGGACCUCGGGCUUCACCUCGCCCUCCCACUUCAGCAGCCCCUCCUACCAGAACCAAACGCACCCCCCGGGCCAGAGGGGUCCCGGGACCCCCGCCACGCCCGACAGCAUGGCCGGCCUGGGAAACCUGUCGGGCCCGUCCAGCACCUCCAGCGGCCUCCAGUCCGCGACGCCUCCCCCCAACACGGUGCAGGGCUCCUGGGGAAGCCCGGCCGGCCCCGGCCCCCCUGCCUCCGGGGGCAAGGCCCCGCCCGCUUUCUUCCUGACCGGGCGACAGAGCGGCCACCGAGCAAGCGAGGAGGAGGAGGGCAGCCACACGCACACCCACACCAGCACCCUGAAGCCAGGCUCCGCCUCCACGGAGAGCCCCCUCGGGCCCCUGGGGCCCCCGGGGCCCCGUGCGGACAGGGCGUCGCCGCUGGACGACCCCGUCGUGCUGUCACUUCUGAGGCAGAACCUGAGAGAGAAACACGCCCGCCACGUGGCCGACCUGAAGGCCUACUACGAGUCUGAGAUCCAGAGCCUCAGGGACAAACUGGGCCUUGCACAGCUGCCCCCAGACCUUGAGAAGAGCAACCGCGCUCUGGAACUAAGAUGUAAUCAACUUGAGAAGGCACUUUCCGAAGCAAACCAUCGCAUCCAUGAGGUGGAGGCCAGAAACAACUACCUGGAGAAGAAACUGGCUGAUUGGCCGGAGAGGUACGCGGUGGCCGGCGCCACGGUGGCGUCCCUCCAGCAGCGUCUGGAGGACAGCAAGCGCUGGGGCGGCGAGAAGGACGCCCUGGCCUCCCGCCUCAAGGCCCGCGUGCGGCAGCUGGAGGAGUCCCUGCAGACCGCCGUCAGGGAGAAGGAGGAGAAGGAGGCGCAGAGGGAGCGCGAGUACAAGAUGCUGCAGGAUCUGCUUGGGGAGUAUGACAUGCUGAGGAAGGACUACGACGGAGCAAAGGACAACCUUUUGGGAACAGAGAACAAGCUUGUGGACUCCCUUGAGCAGAUAUCUGAACUGAACAGGGCGAUCAGUAAACUGGAGUCUCAGGUGAAGCAGCUGGAGCACGAGAACCAAGCCAGGCAACGGCUCGUCUCCCACGGCAACACACAGCCCUCCGGAGCAGGCCUCUACCACCACCCAGACCUGCUGCUGUCCUCCAGUACCGCCAAGACGGAGAGCAGCCCCUCCCACCGCCGGGCCCCUGCUCCCACGGCCGACCAGCCCACCGGAGGCUGCCAGUCUCCCUUCCCCCAGACCAGCCAGAGGAGGAGCCCCUGUCCCCAGACCUCCGGCCAGAGAGGGUCCCCCGGUCCCCAGCCCACCCAGCCCAAAAGCCAGAGGAGGUCCUCUCGUCCCCAGACCACCCAGACGACCCCGCCCAGCGGCCAGAGGAGGUCCCCCUGUCCCCAGACACCCCAUGUCGCCCCGCCAAACGGCCAUAGGAGGUCCCCCUGUCCCCAGACCGCCCAGACCGCCCAGCCCAACCAGCCCACCAUCCAGAGGAGUUCCCCCAGUCCCCAGAACGACCCCCCAGCCCUGCCCGGAGGUCCUGCAGAGGGCCCUUCAAAGGGGGCCGGCUGGAGGAGUUUGUCUCUCCCGGAACGCGACCUGUCCCGGCCUCCGUCACGGCAGCAGCCUCAAGUUCAUCAGGAGCCCAGCGGAGGGGCAUGGGACCUGGGCAGGAGAGAGAGCCAGAGCCCCCUGACCCCCGUGAUGAGGGCCCUGAUGGAGCUGGAGGAGACCAGGGCCACACAGAGCCGGGCCCCCUGGGUGGACAACCCGAGGUCCACUAUGGGCUUCAUGGAGCGACGGCACAAAGAGCCCGUCCAGGACUGGGUCUUUGGGCGCCCCGAAGACAACCUGGACAUCUCUAAAGCCCGGACCGGAUUCGUCCACGUAGCGGAGCGGGACGGCUCAGGAUCCGGAUCUGGAGCCACUCGUGCCGGAGCCGAAAGGGCGGUGGCGCUGCUCAGAGCCCAGAGGAGUCUGUCUCCGGAGGGGCACCGGUCCUCGUCCCUCCCCCCAGCGGCCCACCGUACCGCGCCCCCCCCGUCCACGCCCACGAAGAGAGAGACCCUGCUCCUCCCACGCUCGGCCAUGUCCAGCCCCAAGCGCUGUCCCACCGAGAACUACUCCACCGCCUUCAGCCACAUGUUGCCACGGCAACAGCACCUGCAGGACAGGCUGGAUGGCGAGAAGGACCCCAGACGCCACUCCUUCCACAACUCCAGUCCCAGAAAGAGACUGCAGUUCUCAGAACCAAAUGAACAGGAUGGGCAAGGGUCCCCUGGCAGCGCGCACCCCACCGCGGGAGCCUCUCAGCGGGGCUGGGAGGAGGCGGGGCGCCCCGCUCUGCUGGAGGUCCCUGGCGGCUCGUCUCCUCUGCAGGACAGAGUGCACACGCUGGCCGAGGCGGAGCGGCUGUUCGAUGAGCUGACGCAAGAGAAGCUGCAGAUUGAAGCAGCCCUGAGCAGACUACCAGGAUCAGGUGGUAGAGUGAGUUUGCAGAACCGCUUAGAUGAGGUGGCCUUAGAGAAACGUCUGGAGACGUUGAAUCGGGAUCUGGGAUCCAUUCGUAUGACUCUGAAGAGGUUCCACGUCCUCCGCUCCUCUGCCAACAACUAGCAAUGUCUUGUUUUUAAAAUGCCAUCCUGAAGAGAGGGCAUUUUAGUGACUUGGUUUUUAUAUGCACCACUGAUUGUCUUUCUUUUACUUGACGUAUUUUAGUCCAUGUGUAAAAAAAACAUCCAUGGGAUAUUUUGUACGAUUUAUUUACUCUGGGAAAAUGUUUUUAUAUGUUGGAAAGACCUCACAACUUUUCGGAGUAUAUUUUGGUAAUGCAAAGAUUUAUAAAGCCUUUUACUUUUUUAGAUAAAAAUUAUAAUAUUAUAUAAGUCUUCAAUUUCCAUGUUCAGGUUAAUGUGGGUUUUUGAAUCUGAUAUUUUAAUGUAAAUUUGAUGACCAUCCAUAGAAGGAAAGUUUCACUGCCAUUUCGUAUUUCUGUUUGAGCUUGUUUUUAAAGUACAUUUUCACUUGACAUUGUUUUUACCUGAGCCCAGUCGAUUUCUGGUGUUUUUUAAUCUUCAUCUUGAAAUUACACGACUUGAACGAAACUCUUAGCCUUUAUUAAAUGGCAUUUUAAUUGCUUUUCCUACUGUAAGAUGUUAAUGCCUGAUUAUAAACUGCUUGUGAAAUCCAAACCAGCAAUAUUGUCAACAAACUGAAAUACCCUUCUCACAAUGCUUAUGUAUGGCACUUUCAAUUUAUUUAGUCAUUCCAUCUCGACCCGUCUGCAAUGACCUCACUGAUAUGAAUCCCACUGGAACUGUUCUUAUUGCACAAUUAAAAAAUAAGCUUUUUGAUAC